AUGCCCUGGAAACGAUUGUCGAUUUUGAAGGGUAUCGUACUUGGUGCUCUCAUCAACAUGCCAUUAAAUACGAGAUUCGGGCUUGGAAAGAUGCUUAUCUUCGGAUGUUUCUUCCAAACUGCCUGCUUCGCUACGCAGUCACUCGCACUUCCGUUCCCCGCCUUCGUCUUUUCCUUCUUUUACGGAGGGAUUGGAAUGGCCGUGCAGGACGCUCAGGCGAACGGAUUUAUCGCGACGGUGAAGUACCAAGCAGAGAUGAAGAUGGGGUUCCUUCACGCCGCCUACGAUUGCCUUUCCCAAGCCGGCGAGAUCGUCCCGGACAAGACAGAAGAUGCCCCCGGUGCGACAUAUGGAGAGUUACUUAAGCUUAAGGCAGUCCAUCUAUUAGCUCUCUUCCUGCUUGUUUAUAUCGGAAUUGAGGUGACGAUAGGAGGUUGGAUAGUCAGUUUUAUGCUGAUUAUCCGCGACGGUGGACCAUCAUCUGGCUACGUCGCGUCUGGCUUCUUCGGCGGAUUAACUCUUGGGCGAGUGGUCCUUAUCUGGGUGAACAGGAAGCUCGGCGAAAUCCGCGCAGUUUACGUUUAUACCGUCUUCGUUAUACUCUUCCAACUCGUAGUCUGGCUCGUCCCUUCAUUCUACACUGGUUGCAUCUCCGUAUUCUGCAUCGGCAUCCUCCUUGGACCGCUCUAUCCUAUCGCCAUGAACCAUACGUCGCGAGUCCUGCCCCGAACGCUCGUAACGGGCGCCAUUGGGCGCGAUGGCGUCGAAAUAUGGAAUCCAGAGUUUGCAGCCUUAGUGGGAUUUGCGACCGUCUCCUGGAUCUUUGUGGUUGCCUGUACGGGUAGCGUGAUCGGUGCGCUCAUGAACAUGCCAUUGACUACGAGAUUCGGGUUUGGAAAGAUGCUGGUGUUUGGAAGUUUCUUCCAAACGGCGGCAUUUUUUGUGCAGUCACUUGCACUUCCGUUCCCCCUAUUCGUCUUUUCCUUUUUUUCCGUCGGCAUCGGUGCGGCCACCCAGUGCGCCCAGGCGAAUGGGUUUGUUGCUACAGGGAAGUACCAAGCAGAACUGAAGAUGGGCUUCGUUCACGCCGCCUACGGUUGUGGCGCUCUCUUUGCCCCGAUCUUCGCCACACCCUUAUCGCAGACCAAAUACUGGCCAUGCCACUACCUGAUCUCGUUGGGCCUAUCCCUCAUAAACACGGUAACCCUUGCCCUCGUCUUCCGCUUCAAGGACCAAGAUUAUUGCCUUUCGCAAGCUGGCGAGAUAGUCCCGGACAAGAUGGAGGAUGCGCCAGACCCCACGUACGGAGAAUUGCUGAAACUGAAAGUCGUUCAUCUUCUGGCGCUGUUCCUGAUUGUCUACGUUGGGAUUGAGGUCACGAUUGGAGGCUGGAUUGUUAGUUUCAUGCUGAUUAUCCGCAAUGGUGGGCCAUCUUCUGGCUAUGUAGCGUCAGGUUUCUUCGGCGGAUUGACCCUCGGAAGAAUCACGCUCCUCUGGGUGAACCGGAAGCUCGGAGAAAUCCGUGCAGUUUACGUCUACACCGCUCUUGUUAUUCUCUUCCAACUGAUUGUCUGGCUCGUCCCUUCAAUCUAUGCCGGGUGCAUCUCCGUGUUCUGCAUCGGUGUCCUCCUCGGACCGCUAUACCCCAUCGCCAUGAAUCACAUCUCCCGCAUCCUUCCACGUGCGCUCGUCACAGGCGCCAUCGGCUGGGUCUCAGCGUGUGGCUCAUCUGGAAGCGCUGUCCUACCAUUCUUCACAGGCGCGAUGGCGUCGAAAUAUGGGAUUCAGAGUUUGCAACCAUAUCUGGUGGCGAUGAUGGUCUUAAUGGGAAUUAUUUGGAAGAUGGUACCCAAGACUGCCGUUUAG